CCUCACUCCCUCCCGAGGCGUCCAGUGUGGCGUGGCGGCAGUGGCGGUCUUGUGGGCGUGGCGGCAGCAACGUGCACGCCACCUCAUCUCCCGCGCCAGGAGUCGGGCACGCGGGUGUUUCGUGCGCCAUCCCUCCUGCGGUUAGUAUGAGAGGCAGCUGUGAGGGGCGCGCUAGGGUGGAGGUGCCACAACGCAGCUCCUGAUUGGUGGAGGUUCUCACCCCCUUCCCCCCUCCACCCCGCACCACCUCCCACCCCAUCCCAACCAACGUCCUCCUCGACCCGGCAGGCAGGGAAUCCCGGAACCACGCUGCCUGCCAUUGGUCCAUGUGACGCGAGCCUCGGCUGGUGAUUGGUUGCCGUGAAGAUGGGCAAGACCAAUGACAAAAAGGCGCAGCGCUGUGACAGUCGAAGCAAUAUCGUGGGCAAGUUUACUCAGAGUGUCAAGAGGAUCGUGCAGGAGGUGAAGGAAGAAGGCGUGCCAGCUGACGGAGAGACACGGGAUGACGCAAUCGCCACCAACCACCGUCUGCGCCACGUUCGGGAAAGGUUGGAGGCAGAACACGAGACAGCUCGCGGCGCUCUCCUCACCCUCCACACACAGUACAACCACAGCAAGACAACCUGGAACGUCUUCACCAGAUACAACCUGCUGAAGGCCAUGAUUAAGGAGGUGGUGAGGCUAGAAACAGAAUACUGGCAACACUGUCCAGCCUUCCACCCAUUACCGUGCUGA